UUCAUUGUGACAGAAAAUAUUCCCCAUUUCCCGCUCCACUAGAAAUCAUGCAACCGGAAGCUUGUGGCCCACUCCUAAAAGGUUCCACUCAGUCUCACCUCUCUCUCUAAACGACCAGUCACGAGUCUCUCUCUCUCAACCAUCGUCUUUCCUUGGGACUCUCAAUGUUGACAACGUAGAACCAUUACGUAUUUAUAUAUUCAUAUAAAUCAGAAAACAGCUUGAGAGGGAGCAACAGAGUUUUUGAAGCUCUGUGGUUUCUCUCUCUGCGAAAACGAUAGAGGGCCUCAAUGGCUUCUGUGAGGCUGAAAGCGGUUGCUGCAGUGGCAGCCGUCGGAUCAUCUGCAUGGGGAAUCCUCGCUGUUCAAGAUAGGGCCUUAGCAGAGAGUGACCAUGGAAGCUUAGAGAAUGUAAGGAGAAGAAUUCAUCAAUCAGAUGGUUUGGUUCCUUCAAGAGAAGUCCAGGAAUCUGCUUUAAAGGGAAGCAGCUCCAUUAACCCUCUUGAUGUUCUUGUGGUUGGUGGGGGAGCCACUGGUUGUGGUGUUGCCCUAGAUGCUGCAACUCGAGGCUUGAGAGUGGGGCUUGUGGAGAGAGAGGAUUUUGCAUCAGGGACCUCUUCUCGCUCUACUAAGUUGGUUCAUGGAGGAGUGCGCUACUUGGAAAAGGCUGUCUUUAGCUUAGAUUACAAGCAGCUGAAGUUGGUUUUCCAUGCACUUGAGGAGCGUAAGCAGGUUAUCGAAAAUGCUCCACACUUGUGCCAAGCUUUGCCAUUGAUGACUCCAUGUUUUGAUUGGUUUGAAGCCGUGUACUACUGGAUGGGAUUGAAACUAUAUGAUUUGGUUGCUGGCCCUCGAAUGCUGCAUUUGUCUCGAUAUUAUUCUGCACAGGAGUCUAUAGAGCUCUUUCCAACUCUGGCAAGAGAAGGUCGUGGUAGAAGCUUGAAAGGGACAGUUGUUUACUACGAUGGACAAAUGAAUGAUUCUCGACUAAAUGUUGGGUUGGCUUGCACUGCUGCAUUAGCUGGUGCGGCAAUGCUCAAUUAUGCUGAAGUGAUAUCUUUCCACAAAGAUGAGGCCACUGGUCGCGUAAUUGGUGCACGGAUACGAAACAAUUUAUCUGGAAAAGAAUUCGAUACUUAUGCUAAAGUUAUUGUCAAUGCGGCGGGACCCUUUUGUGAUUCUGUGAGGAAAUUGGCAGACAAAGAUGCUCCACUUAUGAUUUGUCCUAGUAGUGGUGUACACAUAAUCCUUCCUGAUUAUUAUUCUCCAGAAGGAAUGGGCUUAAUUGUUCCAAAAACUAAGGAUGGCCGUAUUGCUUUCAUGCUGCCAUGGUUGGGAAAAACCAUUGCAGGAACUACAGAUUCUAGUACAACGAUAACAAUGCUUCCAGAGCCUCAUGAAGAUGAGAUACAGUUCAUUCUGGACGCCAUAUGUGAUUACCUUAAUGUGAAGGUACGCCGUACAGACGUUCUUUCCGCUUGGAGUGGUAUACGCCCAUUGGCUAUUGAUCCAUCAGCAAAAAAUACUGAGAGCAUUUCCAGGGAUCAUGUUGUGAGUGAAGAGUAUCCUGGUCUGAUCACAAUUACUGGGGGAAAGUGGACUACCUACCGAAGUAUGGCUGAAGAUGCAGUUGAUGCUGCCAUAAAAUCUGGCAAACUCAACCCAUCUGGUGACUGUAUAACCAGUCGUCUUCACAUUAUUGGAGGAGAUGGAUGGGAUCCUGCAUCAUUCACUGUGCUUGCACAGAAGUUUAUACGUAUGAAGAAGACAUAUGGUGGUAAAAUUGUUCCAGGUGUAAUGGACAGUGCAGUAGCCAAACAUUUGGCACAUGCAUAUGGAAGCAUGGCUGAUCGUGUAGCCACCAUUGCUCAGUAUGAGAAUCUAGGAAAGAGACUAGCACAUGGAUAUCCCUAUCUAGAGGCUGAAGUGGCAUAUUGUGCUCGCAAUGAGUACUGUGAGUCUGCUGUUGACUUCAUUGCCCGGAGGUCUCGGCUUGCAUUCCUUGAUACAGAUGCUGCCAAUAGAGCGUUGCCACGUGUCAUCGAAAUAUUGGCUGCAGAGCACAAGUGGGACAGGGCACGAAAGAAGCAGGAAAUACAGAAAGCCAAAGACUUCCUUGAAACCUUCAAGUCUUCGAAGAAUGCCCAAUUCCAUGAUGGGAAACACAUAGGCUCAUGAUUUUGGAAUGGAGUAUGACAUGAGCAUGGGGAACUUUUGCGUCUCCACUAAAGCAGCAAAGGCAAGCUAGCGACUGUCACUUGAUAUAUGCAUAGGGUGAAGGGUGUCAGAGCUUUCUUAUUUGCUUAUCCGCAAUUUCUCCUCUAUGGAAUAUGACAUGUAAAUAUAACAUGGAAGGUCUAUGUUAUAUUUGCAAUUUUCCUAAGUAAUUAUGUGGCAAUAUUGGGUGAUACUAAUUAAAAUUGGGAUUGCCUUCUGGCACCCCAUCUCAAAUAAAUUUAAGAAAGAAAUGGACCAAGCACAUUGCUUGAAACAGGAAGAACUUCCUCCUUGAGGGGUUGGCUGUGUUCAGAGUGCACAGCAAGAGAGUAAUGAUGAUAUCAGAGAAGUCUCCAAAAUCUCUAACUUGUGAAACUUAACUCACAGAUGGAAUCAAUAUUUUGUUUCAGCGAGCCUGUUGUUGAUAUUUAGCUGUGAUGAAAUUAUAAUAAAUUUUGGAGUACGAAAGAAGGUUAACCAUCUUUCAUUUGCCUGGCCA